GACAUUUAGUGAGUCUGCUGCUGAAUCUUAUGCUAAAUAUGAAAUUUAACUACUGAUUAAGAGGCAAAAGAUGCCUUUCGGGGCAGUUGGACUCAAAGCCUCAUCGGAUGCUUUUUUUCCUUUACUAAAAACAACCACUGAUCUGCUCUCAGGGAGUACUGUAUGAAUUUUAAUAUGGAUGCAAACACACAGAGAGGAUGCCCAGCGCGUGAACCGACACAGCGCGCUGGUAUCUGCGCAUUUUUGUUUUGACGUUUUUUUUCUGUGCAUGCCUGAACUGAAAGCGUGUUUCUUCUGCGGAGGUCUCGUAGCCCCUUUUUUUGAGAAAACACACAAGGAUGGCGUUUUACCUGAGUGUUUGUAGAGGAACAUUUUGUAUGCUAACGUCGCAUUGAAUUGCAUCAUGGUUUUCAAUCAGAUCUCGCACCGGCCAGGCUCCGCCGAGCCUCGGCAGUAGCAGGACAGUGAGCUGUUUAUCAUAAAAAUGGAAGACCUUUCACGUCAAGAAAAGGCGUCAUUUCGGUGAUAUGCGUCUGAAUAACUGAUUUUUCAUUUCCACGUCAAUUGACACAUCUGGGAAAGCGUUUCUCUUUCCCUCCUGUCUAGCAAGACAGCUGUGUCAUCAACAACCGGCGUGGUGUUGUUGUUGUCUGAUUUUUACGAGCCUCGGCAACUGGAUCUCGGCACAGUCUGCCUCUGCGCCAGCCAUAGGCUACCCGGUUAAUAAGGUGAGUUGGAGGAGAGUCCCUGUGACAAACGUCCACUUCUCCCGAGUCUUCUUCUAUACCAUGAGCUCUGGCUCUGCCCAGGAUGUGGCAGUCGAGCAUUUCCUGCGUGACAUAGAGAGGCGAAGCAAGCGGCUGCACUGCGCUGUGAUAGGCUGCGAGGAGGAGCGACCCUGCAGCGACAUGAACCUGCUGUAUCGUAAGAGCCGUUUGGACUGGAGGCAGAAGGACCAAGAGGGAAGUAAAAAGAGCUCCACCCAAAACGACCCCUCAGCCACUGUUGGUAAAGUCAGAGACUUGGCUUCUUUCCGCCGGCACUUCCGGAUGGGUUUCAUGACCAUGCCAGCCUCCCAGGACCUCUCCCCUCACUCUUGUGCCUCAGCCAUGGCGCCACGCUCGCAGUCCUGCCAUGCUGUAGGUGCCGGGGAUACGAGUCUGGAGAACGGAGAUUAUUCCGACACCCAAUCCCAACAUGGAGGCCGCUGCCCUCCGGCCAAACCCAAACGUCAUCCCAGCACUCGCCUCAGCUCCUCAUCCACUGACAGCAGAGGACUUCUUGAGACGCCGCCACCUCCUCCGUCCAAACACUCAGAGAAGAAAAAUGCCAUGAAAAAGUCUGACUCUGGAGAUAUUGGAUCAAAGAAGGUCCCUCCUUUAAAGCCCAAGAGAAGUCCCAGCACCCAGCUUUCCUUUGACCCCCUUCCUCCACGUGUGCCUCCUUCUGCCACAUCCUUGCCUUUCCAGGCAGCAGACUCUCAGAUUCAGACUGGAGACGGGGAGGAUGAGCCAGUCUAUAUAGAAAUGGUGGGCCAAGUGUUCACCAGAGAAAACCAGACGGCCACCCCUCACCCUGUCACCCCUGUGGCCACCACCCCUGACUCUGACUCAGACCAGAGUGAGGCCAUCUAUGAGGAGAUGAAAUACCCGCUGCAAGAGGACAGAGAGUCCCAGAGACACCUCCCUCCAAAACAUGAGAAACUGAGAAACUCUAAACACUUUCAUGUCACACCCUCCUCCUCCAGCAGCUCCUCCUCUCUGCCACGCCCCUCCUCUUCCUCUCCUUCCUACUCCAAACCCAAAGCCACCGUGUCAAUAUCCCAUUCAUCUCCUCUGCCUUCCUCAGCAUCCUCCACCCCUGUCCCCCAGGUCCUCUCUGCCAGUCCACACACCCCAAGAGCUCCUACUCCCUACCUGCUGCAAGGGAGUAAAUCCGAGCCUGAGUCCAACACGAAGAUCCCAGCCCCUUUCCCCAAUCUUCUCCAGCACCGGCCCCCACUGCUUGCCUUCCCUCAGCCGGCAGCAGCCUCCAGUGGGGUUGGGGUGCAAAACAAGGUGUCCGCUUCUGCUAAAAUGGGAACUCAAACAUCCAGCGUGACAACUCAAGCCAGCACCUCCUCUUCAACUUCUUCUAAUGUUCCAGUAUCCAAGGAGUCAACAGGAGGAAGUGCCACCCAGCAGGACAAACACAGCAGAGAUGCCCAGUUAGGCCCUGCUCCGGGUCUGAGAGCCAGGAGCCACUCCACACCUCUGCCUCCCUCCUCCAAAUCCACCUCCCCUUUCUCCCAUCACCACCACCACCCUCACCAUCGCCCCUCUCACUACCAUCACUAUCGCAAGCCAGAGAGAGGAGACUCCCCUGUUCCAAACAAGAGCAGCUCUCAGACUUCCACAGUCCAGACACAAACCUCAAGUACAGGCAAGGAAGGCAAGUCUGUGAGCUUCCUCCUGAAGUCGGAUAAAGGAGAGAGGGAUAAGGAUAGGGACAGAGACAAGGAUAGGGACAGGGACCGAGAUAGAGAGAGGGAUAGGGAUAGGGGUAGAGACAGGGACAGGGACAGGGAGAGAGACAAAGAUAAAGAUAAGGACAGAGAUAGAGACAGGGACAGAGAUAGGGAUAAGGACAGGGACAGAGAAAGAGACAGAGAAAGGGAUAGAGAUGGAGGGCCGUACUGCUUACAGUUGGAUCUCGCUCACUCCACUAGCAGCCAAACAUCUCAAAGCAGUACCAGCUCAACCCCUACGCCAUUGUCCUCAUCCCAACGUCCUCAUUCUCGCCCCCAUCUUCGCUCACACACUCCUCACGGGCUGCCAGCUUACAAGCCUCCCUCCUCGGACAGCCCCCUGCUGUGGACCUACCCCUCCGGUGGCUUCCGGAGACCGCCGGCCUAUGAGAGCCUGAGAGGAAGCUCUCAGACGCCGUCUCUACAACAGCCUUCUAGUCUUACUGGUGUAGGUGAGGGGGCAUCCAAAAGUAAUGGAGGGUCUGCGUCCCUCCAGUCGAAGGUUGGCUUCAUGCCCUGGGACAGCAGCGCCAGCUUAGCUGCAGAUGAGGGAUCUUACUGGCCUAUGCAAAGGAAAUUGUCCUUCAGCCAUGGGAGCAGAGAGACAGAGAAGGAUGAAGGGCGUGCGUGGAAUGGCAGCGCAGAUGCUCUGUUAAGGAUGGACAAGGAGGACAUCUGCAUGGGGUCUCGGGGAGGCCACUCAGGCAUCCCAGUGCACUUCAGUGGUGUCACCAGCAGGGCCCUUGGUCACAGUGAGUCCUUGGCCGGUGUAGAUAGCAGUCCAGGUUUCAGAGCCCUGCCCAGAGUCGGCCUGCCUCUUCCCUGCCAGACGUUUCCUGCCUGUCGCAAUGGAGAAGUGGGGCGGCUGGGCCGCUCCUCCUCUGCUGCUGGGGUGAGACAGGUGGGUGGAGACGUCCAGAGACAGAGCAGCCUACCAGCACGAGAAGCCCUGAAUCAGCUGCAUGGUCUGGGCCAACCUCCAGCGCCCUGCAGUCCCAGCAGUCCCAGUGUGUCUCGGCAGCAGCAGCAGCUUCAGCUACACCAGCAGCAGCUCCAGUUAAAGCAGCAGCUCCAGCAGCUUCAGCAACAGCACCACCUACAGCUGCAGUUCCAGCAGCUCGCCCAGCUGGCACAAGGACAGGCUCCUGUCAGCGGGGGCACCACCCAGUCCACAACGCAGACCCAGAGAGACGGCAAGCUGCUGGAAGUCAUCGAGCGUAAACGCUGCCUGUGCAAAGAGAUCAAGGCCCACAGGCGCCCUGACAAAAGCCUGUGCAAGCAGGACAGCAUGCCCAUCCUCCCUAGCUGGAGACGGACACCUGAGCCUCGUAAGACUGGCACGCCACCCUGCCAGAGGCCACAGGCCGUCGUGUGGGACACGGCUAUCUGAGGUGGAGAGACAGGGCAGCAAGUACAGCACUGAAGAGAGACUAAACACACAUAUGAGUUGAAAAUAUUUGAACAAUGGAUAAGAAACAAGAGUAAAAAUGGUUUCAGUAACUGGAAAAUUCUUCAAAUGGUUGUGGUGAGAUAAUUACCACAGAGGAGAGAGAGAAAGUUGCUCUUAUUGUGUGAUAAACUGAUCUGAGAGCGGUAAUUAAGGUUAUUGGAGACUUUGAACUCGUUUCGGGGAAAAACAAAAAAAAAGAGGUGAAGAAAAAGAAGUGUUACAAUCAAACUAAAUUAAUCUCUUACCCGGGUAAUUUGUACUUGCUCUGUCCUUUUUGAUGUGUUCUAAUUGCCAAUGAUUUUUUGCCACAAAAUGCCAGUAUUAUUGCUACUAAAUGAAGACACCGACUUAACAAUAAUGGGUGGGAUGUUUUCUGAGAUUGGUGUUGCCAAAUUUCCUCCUGACUACUUGAGACAUAAAGGAAUCAUGUAUUUUCUCCAACACGCAGUUACACAUAGAAACUACUCUGUGGGUGAGAAAAGGCAGACUUAUUGAUAAGUUAUUGAAGUGUUUCUUGAAAUCGUGAAUGCAUAUGAGAUGUCUUGGUAUCAAUAGAUUGUACUUGUGGAUGCAAAUAAUCAUCAUCGAGGAGUAAAAGCUACCUACUGUACCUGUUUGCAUAUUUGUAAUGUAAAUCUAUUUACUUUCUCAACAUUUCUGCAAUUUUAUAGCAAUAUGCUCCCAAUGCUGGAGCAACAUAAUUAAAACUUGUGUCAACUAGCCUAACAUACAUAUCUAAGACUUGAAUAAGUCACAUUUACUGUGUCAUUCUCUGCAUGUCACAAUAGACAUACAGUAUUGUAAAAGAAUAUGUGUAGAGAUGAUCAUGUCCGACUUUUACAUACAGCAGAUCUUCACUAUGAUAACAUGUGGUUGUAGAAAAAGAUGAAUAUAUUGCUUGGAGUAUCAUUAGAAAAGGUGACGUGACAGAUGGCACAUGCUGUGCAGUCCAGCCAAAUAUAGAUACAGAUCAAUGGUACAAAAACUUCAUCACUCAUGCUUAUCCACAGUUGCACAUUAGUGAUAGUUCCACCACACAGAAGCACUGACACCCAUCAACACAGACUGUCCAAUAUGGUGCAACUGAUAAGACUGUGAGUAUUGAUCACCUCAAACAGAAUGCUGGAACAAUCUGCACAAAUAUGGUAAACGCUUAGGAGAAAUUAAAUGCUAAUGCUCUGUAAAUAGAUAUGUACAACUGUAUUGAAAAUGUAGCAAUUAUUUCCAUUUUCAUACUUGUAAUCAAUACAUAUUAUGUAGCAUAUACUGUAUAAACAUAACUUUGUUCACUUGUUUUUUCUAAAAGAAUUAAGUACUUUAUCUGCUGCAGCCAGUCCAUGCAUUACUCAUAGUUCUACUAAUAAACAGUAAGCCCUCUAAAGAAAGGCACAGUCCAACAGUUGUUUAUUUAUUUAUGCAAGACUCCCUUUAAGCUGUGUCAUUGUUUUAUUUAUGCCUUUUUUCUACAUUCAUUUUUAUUUGUGUACAGAUUUCAACAGCUCUUUGUCUUGACAUUUUGAAUACUUUGCUGCUAUCUUGAACUACUGGUGUUGUUCAUUCAACUACAUGGUGUUACCAUGAGAAACAUUAUUAAUAUAGUGGUUAUUGUUACAUAUUUGUUUUAUUUCUGAAAGCCACGUGAAAUGAAGUUUGUACCUUGAAGAGUGAGCCCUUCUGUAAUAGUAUUGCAGCACUUGAAUGUCUCUUGGUUGUUGUUGUUUUAUGAUAGUUAGCACCAAGCUGUACAGUACAGUACACCCAGUGAAAAGAAGACCUAUUUAAAUGUUUGAGAGUCACUGCUUGGCCUUUUGUUUUUAGUUCCACCUGCUCGUGUUUAAGGGUCACAGUUUUUUCAAACUUGCUGAGUCCAUUUUCAAACAAACACAGGUCAGGUUGAAGUAAAUGGGCAAGUGCAAUGCAUGCAGAGAUUCCUUACACUGAAAAUGUUCCAAUGAUACUGACUAUUGUGCCCAGACUAAUUUCAGAUACCAAGAAGUCACCUUUUCACAGAAUGAUAUGGAACCCUAGGUAUCAUUUCCAAAAUAGUUUACAGAAGCUGUUGGUUUGUGUGUCUUCUAAAACAGUGGCCAUUAUAUGAGUGCCAUACUAUAUUGAUAUGGUAAGAUACGGUGUACCUUGGAAAUCACUGUAGUGCUAUAUUUGCAUUGAUAUUGUCAUUAUAAAUAAAUUUUAUAUAAUGAACU